AUGUCUCAACCACAAGAUGACGUUCUCGGUCAACCGACCAAUUGCCAUACAGGUGAUGUGGCUAUGGCCAACAGCGAACACUCCUCCCAUCGCAGCAACCGGUCUAAUAGUUCCGUCGCUUCCCACCUAUCUGGUCUGAGUGACAAAUACGCAGCAAAGAUGCGGACCCUUCGAAAGAAGAUUCGAGUUGAGGAGUUGCAGCACCAGUUAGAGGAAGAAGAGGCUGCAGACCAAGCACUCCAUCGUAUUGAUGACCAAACUCGACAAGCUCGACUCAAGGCUGAAGAAAUAGAGCGUCAGGCUUUGAGAGAGCGUGAAGCCAUAUCUACAAAUUUGUCACGUCAACGCAGAUUGCGUCAUGCUCAACAGGAGCUAGUCGAAGCUGAAGCCAUCAGCGCCAUGAUCAGUGAUGAUACAACACUGACAGAUGUCACCAUUACUACGACAAGCCAGGGUACAAUCCCCGUGUGUACUUCUGCACAACCUGUGCCCUCUACAUCUCCCGUAGAGAACCGUACCGUACCAGAUACAUCUCUUCGAGCCAUCCCAAGUCUUACAACCUUUGCAGUGUCAAAGAUUCCUUCGAUGACAACACUAGUCAGUGGCCACCCCACACCAUUGUGUGCUGAUGGACAUGCACCCAUGACAACCAGUCACAUGUCACCACACUCAGCACAUCAAGCUCAACCUGUUCCCACCGGUUCCCCUCCGAUGGUACCCGGUGCAACAGCCAUUGACCUCCUUGUAGCUUCGUCCUAUGGAAUUCCCAAGCCGGCUCUGCCAAGAUUCUCCAAUGGAAGAGAGAAGGAAUUUGCCUUACUCCGCAUGGCCUUGGACAACCUUAUCAACGUCCAUCCACACCUCACAGAACAAUACAAGUUCCAGGUGAUGCUCGACCGACUUGGUGGUAGAGCAUUGAAACUUGCCAAGUCCUUCAUGUACACUCGUCAGCCCUACACUGAGGUCCUAGCUGCUCUUACCGACAAGUACGGCCAACCCCGACAGCUCGUCCAGUGCGAGAUCGCAGCCAUAAUGGCCACCCCUGCCAUCAAGUAUGGUGAUACUGAAGCAUUUGAGGAGUUCUCCCUGGAUGUCCUCUCCCUUGUGGGGAUGCUACAAUCCCUGGAAGGUCCUGACGGCAUUGAACUCCGUUGUGGCUCGCACGUCGACCGUCUUCUCAGCAAGGUUGCCCCCAGCCACAGGACGAGUUUCAUGGAGCACUGCCUGAAGGAGGGCAUCUUGAAGUCGAACUGUAGUCAAACCUACACCCUACCCCAGUUUGCAAGUUGGCUCCGUAGGAAAUCUCAGUCACACAGCUUUGCCAGUAGAGCAGUGUCCGGGCAUACUUUGAGUAACCCAAGACCGCAGCGAUACCAGGAGCAGCGAAUAUCCAGGAAGGAUACCCCAACAGCAGUACUCAUGACAGUACCAAAGCCGAAGUACAAACCCCAGCCUUAUUGUCCCUUUUGUGAUAAUAAGGAACACUACCUGGGUGGAUGUCCACAACUCAAGAAGCUGAACACUGAUCAGAUCGUCAGUUGGAUCCAGGACAAGGGACGAUGUUGGAAGUGCGGUCGUGCACAUAAGCCCGAUGAGUGUACCCUCAAGAAGCCAUGUCACACCUGCAAACAAGUACACUUAACUGUACUUCAUGAUGCCGCUCACAAGACUACCAGUCAUGUCUUCAGAGUGCAGACAUCAAGUCUGAAUGUCUAUGUUGACAGGCCAAUCCGUCCGCAUGGUGUGAUGUUAAAGGUUGUGCCAGUUCUCCUUCAUGGCCCCGCUGGCACCAUUGAGACAUAUGCUAUCCUGGACGACGGUUCUGAGAGAAGUAUGCUAAUCCAGACAGCAGCCGAGAAGUUACAGCUUAAAGGCCAGCCAGAGACGGUCCUCCUUAGAACUGUCCGUGAUGACAUAGUCGAAUGCCAAGGUUCGGCUAUGUCUCUGCAGGUGUCACCCAAGGGAAAGCCCCACAUCAAGUACACCAUCAAUGGAGCCUUCUCUGCCACCAAUCUGUGUCUCUCGGUGUACACAUAUCCAGUAAAGGCUCUCCAGCAGCGGUAUAACCAUCUCCGUCACCUGCCGCUACCAGUGAUUAACCAGGCAUCACCGAUGUUACUCCUUGGAGCUGACCAAACAGAUCUUAUCAUCCCCCAAUGCCCAAUAAGAUCUGGACCCCGUGGUGCAGCAGUUGCUAUCUACACAAGGCUUGGCUGGACCCUCCAAGGACCCACUUGGAAUCAUGAUCUACAGCUGGAGCAACGAGUCUUCAAGACAUCCACAUUCCCGGUUACAAAUGACCUCCUGCAGCAUGUGCAGAUGUUAUGGCAGGCAGAUGUGCUCCCUUACGCCAAUGAUAAGGAAGUCACCCGAUCCAAACAAGACCAGUAUGCUCUUAAGAUGCUGGGGUCUAAAACCACCCGUGUCAGCCUUGAUGGUGUGCAACGUUAUGCCACGCCCCUCCUGAGAACCAAGGAUGGAGACAGAUUCCAGGUAACGAAAGAUGCAGUUCUUCCUACACUAAGGAGAGCAGAGAAGCGGCUACAGAAGCACCCACAACUGGCGAAAAAGCACAACGAGCUUAUCACAAAGCUGGUCGACUCAGGUCAUGUGCCAGUUCUACCCGAUGAUGAAGCCGCAAUGUCUGAUGAAUCUUGGUUCAUUCCUCACCACACUGUUCAUCACAAUGGGAAGUACCGACUGGUCUUCAAUUGUUCUUUUCAGUACAAUAACCAAGUGCUCAACCAGCAUCUCCUUCCCGGACCACAACUGGGUGCUUCCCUCAUCGGCGUGCUUCUACGUUUCCGGCAGCACGCCAUAGCCAUCUCCGGAGACAUCAAAGCGAUGUUCCACCAGGUGCGACUUCUACCAGAAGAUAGGCCCCUCUUUCGCUUUCUGUGGCGAAACCUGAAGGUGGAAGCAGAACCACAGAUACACGAAUGGCAGGUCCUCCCUUUCGGCUCCACAUGUAGUCCGUGCUGUGCGACCUUCGCACUCAGGAAGCAUGCCAGCGACCACAAGGAGCAGUAUCCUGAAGUAGCAGAAUCAGUCGACAAGUCCUUCUACGUCGACAACUGCUUGGACAGCUUACCCUCAUCCAGAGAAGCCAAGCACCUGGUCCAUCAGAUGCGAAACCUACUGGCCGAUGCCGGGUUCGAGAUACGUCAGUGGGCCAGUAACGACCCUACGGUAGUUGAGGAUCUCCCACCAGAUGCUCGGUCCAAUGGCUGUGAACUUUGGUUGACCUACGGUGACACUGACUCCCUUGAGGCCACCCUUGGACUGCAGUGGGAUUGCAGCACAGACAACCUGCAGUACCGCCACCGAACAGUCGACUAA